GGGCUAAGCAAGUGACAGAGAGACGAAAACUUUUUUAGCUACGAGCUAAUUUUGCUCCGUCGUUCUUGUUUAAAAUGCCGUAAACUUGACACACUACCUGGGAGCGAUCUUGAAGCAGGAUGAGUUGCCACACUGGAGGUGACGAUGGAGACAUCUGCGGAUGGGCCAGUUCAAUGCUGGUACACGGCAAAAAUGACAUCACGGCAGUGACGUCACGAGUACAACAGUUUGUAGAGGAAAGGAUGCAGACCACAAUGCUCACAGGUGUACUGAUAGGUGCCGCCGUUGCAGUCACAAUGAUUGGAAUUGUGGUGCUUUUCUUGUACAGGAGGUACAAGCAUGCCCGUGAACAGCAGCCUGGUGUACCUCAUUAUCGCUUCAGAAAACGAGAUAAAGUGCUCUUCUACGGCCGAAAAAUCAUGCGCAAGGUCCAGACUUUGUCCUCAAUUCCUCCUCCUUCUUCAUCAUCUAACUCCGUGUCAAAGCAACCACAGCGUGUGCGCAAGAGAACCAAAGUUCUUAGCAUUGCUCGCAAAAUCCUUCGCAUCCGUAAAGAUCCGCCUACACUACAGCCUAAAGAACCGCCGCCCUCACUGCUAGAGGCUGACCUGACUGAGUUUGACGUGCAGAGCUCAAAUCUGCCCUCUGAGGUGCUCUAUAUGCUGAAGAAUGUCAGAGUCCUGGGACACUUUGAUAAACCCCUCUUCCUCGAGUUGUGUCGCCACAUGGUAUUUGUUGAGCUGCAGGAGGGUGAAGGUCUUUUCAAGCCUGGAGAUGAUGAUGACAGCAUUUACGUAGUCCAGGAUGGGCGACUUGAGCUCUGCAUUUUUGAGAGUGAUGGUACAGAAGUAGUGGUGAAGGAUGUUCUUCCAGGCGAUAGCGUACACAGCUUACUCAGUAUUCUGGACAUCAUCACAGGUUUUCCAGCUCCUUAUAAGACAGUAUCGGCACGUGCAGCCACCCGCUCUACCAUCUUACGUUUACCUGCAUCCGCCUUUGAGUCUGUGUUCAAAAAAUACCCUGAGACACUUGUGCGUGUCAUUCAGAUCAUAAUGGUGCGUCUCCAAAGAGUCACCUUCUUGGCAUUACAUAACUACCUAGGCCUUACAACCGAGCUCUUCAAUCCGGAGAGUCAUGCAGUGCCUUUGUCCAACGUCAACAGCGUGGCGAGUGAGGCAAUAACGGGCAAAACAAUUCGCCGUUUGCACUUUCAGGAUGAGUUUACUGUGGGGACUGAAGAGAGCCCUCCAGAGACGGCAGAUGGUGUAAAGGAUAGUCCUUCAAACAGCCACAGGAAGCAGAAAUCCAUCUCGAUACUCCCCGACAGCGCAGGCGAUAUGACCAUGGCAUGCGAACGGGCUCGGGUCAACAUAGAUGAGACUCCGCCCAGUCCUGCUACUCAGAAGUCUAGUCUCAAGAAGAGUGUGACCAUGCAGCAUACGCCCUCUGAGGUGUUUCACUACACGGACAGCGGAGGGCAGUCUGACGCCAUCCACCUCAGCAAGAGUGGAACUAUCUUCCAGGCUGCUAAGAAAGACCUGCUUGAAAUUAUCCAGUUGCAGGAUCCAAGCCUACUUGAGGGAAGAGUGACCCUGCACCAAGUAAAAGCUGGUUCUGUGGUGGCUCGUCAGGGAGAUCAGGAUGUCAGCAUUCAGUUUGUGAUUUCGGGCCUUCUUCAUGUUUACCAAAGAAUGAUUGACCGCGAGGAAGACACCCGUCUUUUUGUGACGCAUCCUGGAGAGCUUGUUGGGCAGCUUGCAGUCCUGACCGGAGAGCCCCUCAUAUUUACUGUCCGUGCUCAGCGAGACUGCAGUUUCCUCUCUAUUUCCAAAACCCAUUUCUAUGAGAUAAUGCGAGUGGAGCCAAAAGUAGUACUUAACGUCGCACACGCGGUGGUGAGGAGGAUGUCUUCUUUCGUCAGACAGAUUGACUUUGCACUCGAUUGGAUGGCCGUGGAAGCCGGCAGGGCUGUCUACAGGCAGGGAGAGAAAUCCGACAGCACUUUCAUCGUGCUCAGUGGACGACUGCGCUCUGUAAUUUUGAAGGAGGAUGGGAAGAAGGAGUUGAUAGGAGAGUAUGGACGCGGUGACCUGAUUGGAGUGGUGGAGGCCCUAACCCAUCAAAACAGAGCCACCACCGUCCAUGCUGUUAGAGACUCUGAGCUUGCAAAACUGCCCGAAGGCGCCCUAAGCUCUAUCAAGAGGAAGUUCCCGCAGGUUGUUACCAGACUCAUCCACUUGCUUGGACAGAAGAUCCUCCAGCAGGUUAAUCUUCCUCUGACAGGUCGCAGUUUGGCGCUGCACACCCCUGGCAGUAAAUGGGACGCAGGCAACCAGGCGUCCAACCUCUCCACAGUGACAGUCCUACCCGUCUCUGAAGAGGUGCCGCUCACUGCUUUUACCCUGGAGCUGCAGCAUGCACUCCUUGCAAUAGGUCCCACUCUUCUGUUGACCAGCGAUAUAAUUAAGCAACGCCUUGGAGCUGCAGCGCUAGACAGUGUUCAUGAAUAUCGUCUGUCCAGCUGGUUGGGCCAACAGGAAGACAUUCAUCGCAUAGUUCUUUAUCAAACAGAUUACACACUGACACCCUGGACUCAGCGAUGCAUUCGUCAGGCCGAUUGCAUCAUCAUUGUGGGCUUAGGCGAGCAGGACCCAGCCGUCGGAGAGCUGGAACGCAUGCUGGAAGGAAGUGCUGUGCGUGCCCAGAAGCAGCUGGUACUGCUGCACAAAGAAGAUGGCCCACCUCCAAAGGGGACUGUGGACUGGCUUAACAUGCGGAGCUGGAUCUCCAGACACCUCCAUCUAUCAUGUCCACGACGGGUCUUCUCGAAGAGGAGCCUGCCCAAACUGUUGGAGCUGUAUCAACGUGUAUUUGAGAAGCCACCAGACCGCCACGCAGAUUUCUCCCGACUAGCCCGAGUCCUCACGGGGAAUGCCAUUGCCCUCGUCUUGGGUGGAGGCGGAGCCAGAGGUUGUUCCCAGGUGGGGAUUGUCCGAGCUCUCUGUGAAGCUGGCAUACCCGUCGAUCUCAUUGGCGGCACUUCUAUCGGUUCCCUGUUGGGGGCGCUCUAUGCCGAAGACCGCAGCCAUAGCCGCAUGAGGAUGAGAGCCCGAGAAUGGUCAAUGGAAAUGACUUCGGUGUUCAAGAAGGUUUUAGAUUUAACAUAUCCGGUCACCUCAAUGUUCUCUGGCGCGGCUUUCAACUCUAGCAUCAGCAAUGUAUUCAAGGGCAAACAAAUUGAGGACCUUUGGAUUCCAUAUUUCAAUAUAACAGCUGACAUUAGUGCCUCUGCAAUGAGAGUGCACACUGAUGGUUCUUUAUGGAGGUAUGUCCGUGCAAGCAUGUCCCUUUCAGGGUAUCUGCCCCCUCUCUGUGACCCAAAAGAUGGACAUCUGCUAAUGGACGGAGGCUACAUUAACAACCUGCCAGCUGAUGUGGCACGCUCAAUGGGAGCCAAAGUUGUGAUAGCAAUUGACGUGGGCAGCCGUGAUGAAACCAACCUCACUAAUUAUGGGGACUCUCUGUCAGGUUGGUGGCUGCUAUGGAAACGCCUCAACCCCCUGGCAGAGAAAGUCAAGGUGUUGAACAUGGCGGAGAUUCAGACUCGCUUGGCCUAUGUGUGCUGCGUUCGACACCUGGAGUCUGUGAAAAACAGUGACUACUGCGAGUAUAUCCGACCUCCCAUUGACCGAUACCGGACAUUGGAGUUUGGGAAGUUCGAUGAGAUUGCAGAGGUCGGAUACCAGCACGGCAAGACUGUGUUUGAUGUGUGGCGUCGCAGUGGAGUGGUGGAGAAAAUGCUGAAAGACAGACACCAGGAAGAGUUUCACAACACGCAAUGCAAGAAUAAUGUGUUGACGUGCCCAAACGCUUCCUUCACUGACUUGGCUGAAAUUGUUUCCCGGAUUGAGCCUGUCAAACCUGCCCUGGUGGAUGAAGAGUCAGACUACCACACUGACUAUGACGAGGAGGCAGUGGAGAGCGCACUGUCUGACCUGGAGCUAUACGGUCACUAUGGAGAGCAUACUGAAGGGGAGGAGACUGCGGACACGGUGCGGGCCUCCGGUUGUCGGGCGGGUGAUCUCUUUCAAACACUACUACUGCUGAAUCAUGACAGACACAUUAGACAACAAAUGGUUAAAGUUAAAAAAGGAAUUGACCACCACAUGCACUAAAUGUCAAGCUCAUCAUACUGCGAAAAAAAAAAAAAAAAAAAAGGUGAGACCAGAGAAAACACUUGAUUGUUCACAUGUUGAAAGUUUUAACAUAAAAUUUGUAAUAGUUGAUGUUCAAAACUCAAAAACUUUUUCUUAAUUUUCCUGAAGCAUUGUUUUGGUGAUUUUAUGGAAAUUAUUAUUUAUUUAUUUUUUUACAUUACCCUCCCCCAGUCAUUUUUAACGCAAAUUCUUCAAAUAUAUCGUAAGGAUAAUGGGGAAUACAACUUUAUUCUUAAUUCUUUUAAUAUUGUAUUAUCUUAUUCUUAUUAUAAUCAUAGUGCAGCACAAUUGGCUGGCAAGUUAAAAGCUUUGGCAAAACGUGAUUCUUGUGAGCAAAACUAAUAUAGAAAAUAGAUGGAUGGCGUUACAACUUCCCUCACAUCGCUAUUCAAAUUUAAGUUAAAUCUUACCAUUUGGUUUCUGUGACAUUCAAUAUUGUUAUGUAGUGUUUUGUACAGAUGGUGGCUUGGUUGAAAUUGCCUCAUUAUGUUUUAAUUAUAUUCUUAAUAUUUUAUUAGUAAUGCAUUUUUCUAAUAAUAAUGCAUAAAACUGAAAUGUUAUCAUAAUUGUAAUUUGACCUUUUAAAAAAAAAUAUUUUUAAAAUGAUAAUAUUGUUAAGGAAUAUACAAAAAUAAUAUUUGAUUUUGUUAUAUUGUUAUAUUUGAUGCAUACAAACCAACUGAAAGGAUUAGGGAAUUGAUUUGUUUUAAAGUAACUGUCACUUGACAUACAGUGGUAUAAAAAAGUAUCUUAACCUUUGGGAAUUUCUCACAUUUCUGCAUAAAAUCACCAAAUGUGAUCUGAUCUUUGUCAAAAUCACACAGAUGAAAAAAAAAAGUGUCUGCUCUAACUAAAACCGCCGAAAUAUUUAUAGGUUUUCACAUUUUAAUGUGGAUACUAUGCAAACAAUGACAGAAGGGGGAAAAAUAGGUAUAAGUGAAAGAAAAUCUAGUCAGUGAACCAUCACAUUUAAUAUUUUGUGCCCCCCCUUUGACAGCAAUAACUUCAACCUGACGCUUCCUGUACCUGCAGAUCAGUCUGGCACAUUGAUCAGGACGAAUCUUGGCCGAUUCUCCUCUGCAAAACUGCUGUAGUUCUGUCAAAUUUUUGGGAUGUCUGGCAUGAAUCGCUGUCUUUAUGCCACAGCAUCUCAAUGGGGUUCAAUUUUGGACUGUGACUUGGCCACUUCAUAACAUGUAUUUUGUUCUGAAACCAUUCUGAAGUUGAUUUACUUCUGUGUUUUGGAUCAUUGUUUUGUUGCAGCGUCCAUCCUCUUUUUAGCUUCAACAGUCUGACAGACGGCCUCAGGUUUUCCUGCAAAACAUCCUGAUAAAAUUUUGAAUUCAUUCUUCCAUGAAUGAUUGCAAGUUGUCCAGGCCCUGAGGAAGCAAAACAGCCCCAAAUCAAGAUGCUCCCUUCACCAUGGUUCACAGUGUGGAUGAGGUGUUGAUGUUGGGGGGAUGAGGUGUUGAUGUUGGUGAGCUGUUCCAUUUUUCCUCCACACAUGAUAUUGUUACUCUCAAAACAUUCAACGUUGGUUUCAUCAGUCCACAAAGUAUUUUGCCAAAACUUCUGUGGAGUGUCCAAGUGCCAUUUUGCCAACAUUAAAUGAGCAACGUUUUUUUUUUUGUCCCAGCAGUGACUUCCUCGGUGGAGUCCUCUCAUGAACACCAGUCUUGGCCAUAGUUUUACAUAUAGUUGAUGUGUGCACAGAGAUAUUGGACUGGGCCAGUGAUUUUUGUAAGUCUUUAGCAGACACUCAAUGGUUCUUUUUUACCUCUCUGACUAUUUUGCGCUGAACUCUUGGCGUCAUCUUUGACGGACGGCCACUGUUUGGGAGAGAAGCAACAGUGCCAAACUCUCUCCAUUUGUGGACAACUUCUCUGACUGUCGAUUGAUGAACAUCUAGACUUUUAGAGAUGGUUUUGUAUCCUUUCCCACAUUUAUACAAAUCAACAAUUCUUAAUCGCAGGUCUUCAGACAGCUCUUUUGACCGAGCCAUGAUGGACAUCAUUUUAUAGUGGGCAGUGCAACUUUAAACCACUCAUCAGUGAUUGGGCACACACCUGACUUGCAUUGUUUUGUAAAAAUUGGUUUCAAUUGCUUUUUAAGUCUCCUUAGGCAGAGGGUUCACUUACUUUAUUUUUCUCCCUUUUGUCAUUGUUUGCAUGCUAUCAUCAUUAAAAGAUGAAAACCUAUAAAUGUUUGGGUGGUUUUAGUUAAAGCAGAGAUUUUUUUUCAUCCGUGUGAUUUUGACAAAGAUUAGAUCACAUUUGACAGUGAUUUUAUGCAGAAAUGUGAGAAAUUCCAAAAGGUUCAGAUACUUUUUCAUACCACUGUACACUAUGAAUUUCAUUUUACACUCUUACUCUCAAAUUAUUACGACCUUGAAAUUUUCAGGAUGAAGAGCUGGAUGAAAGAAGUACCCGACCUGCCAAUGCAGGCACCAGCCACGAACAGUCACUGAACAUCUCAACCAACCAGGAGGUAGUUUCCAAAGGACCCGUCAAGUGAUGAGUGCAAUAACAAAGGAAAACUAGACCGCCUUGGGCCUCAAUUACACUCCUGCCUCUACCACAUGAAGGAUUGAGGAUUAAUCUUCAUUCAGCUUCAAGUCCCACUCAUUUCAAACCACCAUCAUUUCUCACAUUGAGAUAGUUGAGGUUUAAAUGGGUCAAAUAAGUCAAGAAUUUCCAGAGUGGCACAAGGUAUGAAGAAGUAUUAAGGCCAAAACCAAAAAACUAGGGGGGAAAAAAAGUUUUAGUAUAGAAGUAAAAGGUUGUAAUACUACCAGAAAAAGUCAUUAUAUCAUUGAAAAAUGUAUAAAUUUAAAUUAUUUUAUAAAUUAUUACGAAAAUAUUAUACAUUAGGGAGAAGAAACAUAGCUUUUAAUGACGUAAUUCAUUAUAUAUUCCAGAAUUAGGUUGUAAUGUUAUGAAUAAAUGAAGGGGGGGAAAGUACAACAUUUCUUUUGGGAGUAAGUAGAACAGUGUGGGCACAUACUGUAAGUUUCGUGUCUGCAUAUAGUAUGAGCCUGUCACUCAUUAGCGUUAACCUAUAUAAAGCAAUUUUUGUAGUUAUCAAUUUUGUAUAAUUAUUUUUGUUUUUGCGAGAACACCCUGGACUAUUCAGCCGUCAACCACCUGGCACACUUUAUAUAGCCAAUCACACUGUCAUUUAAACAUCCUACCGGAGAAUUGCACACUAGUUGUCAGAUGUUUGAACUAAUGCACCAAUAUUUAUUUAACUCUGAGAGUGUGAUUCAGAUUCAGAAUAUUUAUUGUCAUUGUUACAAAAAGUACAAUGAAACUUUGUUUGGAGCAUCCAUACAGCUCAUGCAGCUAAGUUGGUAAAGUGCAAAACCCAUAAAAUAAAUACCCGUCAGUACCCAGUGUAAACAUUGACACAGUUUUGGACAUAUGUACAACAAGGAUUCCACAGCAGCAUGAGGUCAUGUCAGUGCUAAAGUGCAGAGCAAAAAUAUACCAGUUAAAAACAGUCAUAAAUCAAAACCAAAACCCAGAUAAGUUAAUCAAGUACAAUCAAGUAUAGCCUACUGGUUGUCAACCAAUGGGUAAGGGUCAAGGAGGAGGAAAUAGUGGAUAAUGACAUACUGCAACAAUGCAAACCAGCUCAGAGUUAAUGUUGUUGGUGGAUGUGGAUUACUGUCUGGCAGAGAGGGGAGAGGGGCAGAGUUCAGUAGCCUCACAGCCUGUGGGUACAGACUGUUGGCCAGUCGUGAUGUUCUGGGCUGUAUGGACCUAUACCUUCUCCCUGAUGGCAGCAGGUGGAAAAGGUUGUGAGCAGGAUGGUGCUGGUCCCGCAGGAUGUUGUGCACUCUUUUUAAACAGCGAGCGGAGUAGAUGGUGCUGAUCUCAGGGAGAGUCAUUGCUGUGAUUCUCCCGGCAGCUUUCACCACGCGCUGGAGCGCCUGCUGGUCAGCCUUUGUGCAGCUGGAAAUAACACUAAAUAUCCAUAAGUCAGAACACUGCUGAUGGCACGGUUGUAAAAGUUCACCAUCAGUGGUCUGGGGAUGUGAGUGCUCCUCAGCUUCCUCAGGUAAUAGAGCCGUUGUUGUGCCUUGCCCACCGCUGUGGAGAUGUGGUCCCCCCCAGGACAGGUCCUCAGUCACCGUUACCCCCAGGAAUUUGAAGCUUCUCACCUUCUCCACCACAUCGUUGCCGAUAGUAAGAGGCUGAUGGCUGAUGUGACUCCCCUUAUGGAGUGUGAUUUGGAAUUUGACUGAGUGACGUCAUCGGAAGGAUUUUUUUUUUUUUUUUUUUUUUUUUUUUUUUUUGCUUUAAUUUAUGAGCAAAACAUUGAGAUGGGAUCCCUGUAAAGAGGCAAUGACUUCCACUUUUCACAAAAAGCAGCAGUUUGGCAGAUAUUGAAACGUGCUCAAAAAAGGAGGCUUCAAACUAUUUCAUUGUCACAAUCAGUUGGAGCUUACGUUCAAACUAAACAUAAGACAAAGAGAAAACAAAAAUAACCGUGCCCUAAAAAAUCUGUUAGGUUAAUGCACAAACAGUUGCGUUGUUGUAACCCCUUUAAAAAAAUCGUUAUUUGAACAACACUAAAAUCCAACAUGGAUGCGGACAAUUUAACAAUGCUCACAGGCAUAAGCUCUUAUAAACAACUGCCGUUAUUUCUUAGUGUUUUAAACUCAGGCGUUUACAUUCCUGUGUGGAUUUAGAUCUCUCCUUAUGCCUGCAUUUUUUUGUUUUUUGUUUUUUUUUUCCAAUUAAAACUGAGUACGGAUGAUUAUUUGUCGAUAAGUGUGAUUGGCUGACGACCAGUUCCUGCCUCAGCCAAAGUCUGCCAGGAUAGGCUCCAGCUCACCGCCAUCACUAUGAUUAUGAAAAGCGCUACAGAAAAUGACUGGAUAUUACAAUUUUUUGCUCUUUGCUAUUACAUUUUUAGUCUCAUAAGUGCUUUUAACCUCAACUUUAUAACACUCAAAUCAGUCAACAUUUGGUCUAGUCUCAUAAUUUUCCAUUCUGUAUACUCUGUGCAGUAUGGCCUUAGUACUCCUGUGAUGAUCCUCUCAAAAUCCUAUUGAAAAGUGUCUUCUGAUAGCUAUACUAUAUGUGUGUUUUGUUAGGAACAGUGGCACAGUUCGCUUUUCUUCAUCUCAGAAUUCAUGCAGGAAAACGCAAAUGCCUUGCUGUUGCCUAUUAAUGAACUAAGUGUUAUUAUAAGAUUCAGACUUGCCUGAAAAGAUAUCUUCCUACACAGCACACAGAUUUGGCUGUUUGGACAAUUUUACUUGUGAAAUGCUUUGGAUUUACUGGACAGUCUUUGACGCUCCUGCGUUGCCUCGACUUGCCAUGCGAGAUUUAUUGUUCCAACCUCCAACCAACAGCACCAAUGGAUGGGUGGGGAUAGUGAAGAAUCUGUACAGAAAACAUAGAACCUCAGCCUUUAUGCACAAGUAGCUUUUAAAUCAUUCCAGAUAUGCACUUCAAUGCAAAUGUUGAUAGACAUUAGUGGCUUUUGUAGAACAGUGUAACAUUUGUCAUCGCAAUCAUUGAUCAUUUAGUGAAGUCUGAUUGCUGCAGUAAUCCUCUCUAAGUAAUAUAUAAUUCAAGACUUUAAUGCUGAUUACAUUUCUAGGGUUUCUAGCUUCCUGAGUUUCGAUAAAGGAAAAUAAGUUAUCGACACAACAACUGGGAUGUCGAAAAGUUACAGAAAGUGGGGUAGAAGAGGUGGAAUUCGUCUUUCACUUGUCACUGAUCUAGAAAAACACGAAGCAAGGUACUUGUUCAAAUUGUUCCGAGAAAAGAAAGUGUAGAAUUGUCUCUUGAUAAGAUGGAUGGGGAAAAGAGUGGUCUAACACAACUAACUUGUUAAAUUGUUUCGAGUCCUUUCUUCUUUCUAGUGCGAUGACGAAUGUAUGUAUAUUUUUCAUUACGUUAAUGUGUCAAAUGCCUUAAUGUCUAUGUACAGCAUAAGCUCUAAAGUUAAAACAGUUUUCACAGGAUGGUUAUUGCCUUAUAUAUACAGUAAAAGAUGAACACUGCUUCAUUUUGUUAACUAUCUCUAAUUUCAUCAUAUACAUCCUAAUUAGCACCUUUGUUGUGGUUUGGUUUGUUCUUAUUUUACUGUACAUUGUGCCAAAAAACUGCCCCAAAAGCAAAUCUGUUUAACUCUAAGGCUACAAUGAAGUCUUUGAAGUUGACAUGUUUGAACUGUUAUCAAGUAGGGUAUUAAACUCAAGAAAUUUUUUAUGUGAUUUUUAGAAACGUAUACGCUCUCAAAAAUGUGCAACCUUCAGAGACUCCGACCUUUGAGGUUGCGCUGUCAAAAACAUCGCAUCUGAUGCUUGGCAUGGUGGAUCUAACAAACCUAAUGUAGGUUUUUGUGAUAUGGAGAAAAAAAACAAGACGAAAUAAAUAGAAAAUGUUUUCAAUCAUUUAUGUAACAUAGGGUACAACGCAAUUGUAUUGUUUUUUUCGGAGUGGACAUAGGAAUGUGAUAGGUUGAUACUUAUCAAAAGACGCGUACUCGUUAAUUCAGUUCCACUUGAACAUGUUAUCUGAUUUGUUAAAGUUGCAAAAAAAUAUCAAAUAAUUUCUAUAUCUCAAUUUUUGAUAUCACUAAAUCCUAGCAUUCGAACAGGAAUGUAAACCUUUUUUCUCCCCAUCCAAUUAAUUGGAGCCAAGGGGUUGUUACUCGUGGUGUGUUUUGUACAUUUGGGCUGUUUUCAAAAGAACUGACAAAGAAAUUGAUGUUUUGGGCCACAGUGAAUGUUUUACAGCUUGUUUGAAACUGUGAUGGAUUAGGCACUGAGGCUACGUGUGGAAGCAUGCCAGGUGACUGAAACAAACACCCAAACUUCAGCUUUUAGCUUUGAUUGAUAAGCACACAAUGUUAACCAGUAUGCCUUCACGCCAUGGCUUGAAUAGUAUUUUUGUUGUAUUUUUAUGUGUAUGAAUCAUUUGUUACUGACAAACCACUAUUGUGUAGUUUGUAUUUUGUUUAUUAU